CAGCAAACGCAACACGUGAUCAACGCUCAACAACCGCAGCAGCAGCAGCAGCAGCAGCAGCAGCAACAACAACAGCAACAGCAGCAGCAGCAACAACAGCAGCAGCAGCAACAGCAGCAACAGCAGCAACCGCAGCAACCGCAACAGAGCUCGCCGGCCAAGGGGUCGCCGCGAUCGAAUCAGCAGCAAAACGCGGGGAACAACGCGACGAAUAAAAUGCCGUCGACGUCGUCUGCGACGACCAGCAGGCGUUCGUCUCCCGUGACCCCACCGCGCGGCAAAGACACACCCGGACCGAACUCGCCUCUCCUUGCUACGACCUCCGGGUAUCCCCGACACGGAUUGAUGCUGAACGGCGGCAGCGGCGCGAACAGCGCCCUGACGACUCCCUCGCCGCCGUUGACCCCCGGUUCCAGCCAGCUGGCACCGCCGUCUUACCCGGCCCCGAUGAACCAGAUCCAUCACGGCGAGUACGGUUUCGCAUGGAGUACGGCGUCGCCCAGCACGAUGAACCCGAACCAUUGUUACGCGGGGCAAUCUUACAACGCCUACCAGAACCCGUACACCAACGGAGAUUAUUACCAUCAAAGUCAGAUCUCCCACUUGCACCACACCACCCAGCCGAACUAUCAUCAUCCGCAGUACCACCAUAUGAACAACGGGGCACUAACAUCCUCGAUGUCGCAUCUGUCGAUCCAACAGCAACAGAACCAUACCGUUACCAACGACAUGCCAGCCACGAGCACGUCCGCGAGCACCAACGCCGACGGCAGCUACGUUCUGCAGGACCAGAAGUAUCAGUCAAUGGUAUAGCGGUCCACCAGAUUCACAGGGAUUUUUCAUCGCGGCCAAGAGGCCCCCCCGGCCACGGCCGGUUCUUAUCAUUGGCGAACACCUACCAACUCGAGCUUCGCGGCCGGUUGCUUCGAGAUCAACGACAGCAUAGACUCGGACGACAAUUGAUGGCCGAUCGAACGAUCCGCGAUCCUCGUCGCACGAACACCGAUUUCGUAACCUAACCGAUGACCACCUGCCGACGAACAGAAGACGGGCGCCGCACCCGGGAGAGUUUUAAAUAAAUAAACAACAACAACAAACAUUGCGGCACUGUGUAUAUUUUACGGCACUGUGUAUAUUUUAUGGAACUGUUUAUUUUUUACGGGAUUCGAGCGCAACAGUUCCAUCGCCUAUCGGAGCUAUCCAUCGUACACUCCCGAAAUGAGAAACGAACACGAACGUGGACCACGACAGGUUAGCCUGCGAACGUUGAUGAUGAUCCCUUAAUGCCAUCGCCGUUCGUAGGUUUGUCUUUCGUAGCAUCGAAUUCGGUGAUCGCUUUUACAUUUUCCUGCGAACCGGCAACGAUUGAUCUAAAUACCGCACGCAUAACGGGAUUCUCAUCCACCAUUGCCAUCUUUUUUUUCCUUACGCAAGAAUCGUCAUCUUUUUAAUCACAAUCGAACGUAACGUUAUCAACGUUUCUCACCAACGAAGAGCACGAGGAUUGAAUUUCGACGAUUUUUGUGGAACACGCAUACGCUCACACAUAGACGAACAAUUUCGGUGAAGCAACGGUAAAGAAAAUGUGUACAAAAAUCGUUAAUAAAAAAAACAUGACAAAAUUCACGACAGGGACGUUAUUCUUCGCAGAUCAGUUUCUUCCGCAAAAAGUAAAAGCUCAGAUACGAUGGGAAGAAUAUGCUCCUAUCGGAGGAACGACGUUAACGACAAAAAUUUCACUGUAUAUUGAAACGAAUUCCACAUUCGACGAGCGCGCCAACGUUUAACGACUGCGACGUCAUUUCCCCGCGUGCACCGCCUAUGGCUACGACCUUGUAUUACAUUUUUGUUCAAGACUCUCGACUUUUUUUAACUUUUCAUAUUGGGCAGUACGGACAAACGAAGCUGUCGUAUAGACAAGUAUUUCUCCAUGACGUUUCAGAGACUGCAAACGAUUCGUUAGCUUUUUUUUUAACAAAAACCCGACCAGUAAUCGUUGCGAUGCCGGCACAAUUUUGCAUGAAGAGGCGAAGGACAUUUCACUUGUUAAAAUAGCCAGUAAGCGACGUAUUACAGAGAAUUUCACGCAAAGGUGGACUUUAGACAAUUUCUGUGGUGUACGUGUACAGAACAACAAUCGACGAAAUAUUUUCACGCACCGAAGACAGAUUUCAUUGUUUGACAAUGAUUAACAAAUAACAUGACGAUAAUACUCUGUGCAACAGUCGGAAAUAAAAAUAAAUAGUAAUAGAGAUAGAUGAAAAUAACAAUUAUUAAUUUCCACGAUCACCACAGAACGAUGUACUCGAACACAGAUUUAUCUUGUUAACACGCGUAUGGUCGUCGGAAGACAGCGCGUUUCAUUUCUUAUUUUAUCCAGAGAAGCUGGGGUGGUGCACCGUUUAUGUAAAUUUGUCAAGAAAUGCCCGGUGCAGUAAUCUUAAUACCGGUACGAUCAUUAUUAUUACCAUUUAUAAUUAUAUUUAUACUCAUUUACAUCUUUCUGCGGCUAUUAGCCGGAAGUUCGUGUACAUAAUUAUAAUGAAGAAAGAAAAAAAUAAAAAUACGAUCGUACAGUAAAAAAAAAAUGCAGCAUUAAUGACACAUUACUUAAUCGUGAUUGUAUGUUCCGAAAAUACGGCCUCUAAUGUAUAUGAAUAUCUUGUGGUUCAGAUGUUUGUACGAACUAAAAAUAUCACUAACGUUAAUAAAUAGCAAGGUGACACUCGCGCGUAUACAAAUAUACGUACACACACCUAUAUAUAUAUACAUAUAUAUGUAUGUAUGUGCACGUAUCCGAGGAAGCUAAACUAUAAUAACUUACGUACACACACCUAUAUAUAUAUUUAUAUAGACAGGUGUGUGUAUAUGUAUCCGAGGAAGCUAAACUAUAAUAACUUUUCGUUCGCUACAAACACAGUAAGUCAGUUUGUAAUAAUAGGAGACGAGUGUACAUAAAGCUCAGUGUCACCUGUAAGGCUGGCAUGAUUGUUUCAUCAUGUGUGAAAGGAAGAACUUCUCCUAUGUGAAAAUAAAAUUGAUUAAAUACGUCA